UGACUGUUUGAGUUUGUAAACAUGGACGUUACUCUUCGUGAUGAGCGCAUGCGGGAGCUGCAGAGGUCCUACAUGGACUUCCUGGAUGACACAGCAGACCAGGACAUCUACGCGGGCAAAGUGCGGGACAUGAUCCAACAGAACGAGUGCCGACUCGUGAUCAACUUGAACGACCUUCGGAGGAAGUUCCCGAGUAGAUGCAACAUGCUGCUCAACUCCUCCUUUGAAGAGAUCAUUGCGAUCGAGAAAACACUGAAAGAGUUCGUCACAACUGUUGAUCCCGCAUUCGGAAAGACAGUCGGCGAGUUUUUCGUGGGUUUCGAAGGCAGCUUCGGAGGCAAUCACGUGACACCGCGAACAUUGAGUGCCCGGUACUUGGGAAAGCUUGUUUGUGUGGAAGGAAUUGUUACGAAAUGCUCUUUGAUCAGACCGAAAGUGGUGAAGAGUGUGCACUAUUGUCCCGCGACGCAAAAGACAAUUGAGAGACGCUAUACUGACAUGACGUCCUUAGAAGCGUUUCCGACAAGCAGCGCCUACCCGACGAAAGACGAGGACGGAAAUCCACUGGAGACCGAGUACGGUCUCUCAACUUAUAAAGAUCAUCAAACUGUGACUAUUCAAGAGAUGCCGGAAAAGGCUCCUGCUGGACAACUACCGAGGUCUGUGGAAAUUGUAUGUGACAAUGACCUGGUUGAUAAAUGCAAACCGGGUGACCGUAUUCUGGCGAUUGGUGUGUACCGAUGUCUACCAAAUAAGCAAGGGGGAUAUACCAGCGGAAAUUUUCGCUCUAUUCUGCUGUGUAACAAUGUGAAAGUUAUGAGCAAAGAAGUCAAAAGUGUCUUCACGGCUGAAGAUCUGACAAAAAUCCGCAAAUUCGCUCGUCAAAAGAAUGUUGAUCUAUUCGAGGAGCUGUCGAACUCACUUGCGCCUACAAUUCACGGACAUAAAUAUGUUAAACAAUCCCUUCUGUGUAUGUUGCUGGGAGGCGUUGAGAAGACGUUGGACAACGGAACUCGCUUGAGAGGAGAUAUCAAUAUUCUGUUAAUCGGAGAUCCUAGCGUAGCCAAGUCUCAAAUGUUGAGGUACGUUUUGAACACAGCUCCGAGAGCGAUUCCGGCCACAGGGCGAGGAUCCUCGGGUGUUGGUCUGACAGCUGCUGUGACGGUGGACCCGGAGACAGGCGACAAAAGACUGGAGGCUGGGGCCAUGGUCUUAGCUGAUAGAGGAAUCGUAUGUAUUGACGAGUUCGAUAAGAUGUCGGAUAUUGAUCGAACUGCUAUUCACGAAGUGAUGGAACAAGGUCGUGUUUCAAUCUCAAAAGUGGGCAUCCACGCUCAACUAAAUGCGAGAUGUUCGGUUUUGGCGGCUGCUAAUCCAGUGUAUGGGCGCUACGACCAGUACAAAACGCCAAUGGAGAAUAUUGGACUGCAGGACUCGCUUCUGUCGCGUUUCGAUGUUCUAUUUGUUCUGUUGGAUGAAAUGAAUGCGGAGCAAGAUGGAAAUAUUGCUGACCAUGUGUUGAGAAUCCACAGGUACAGACCAUCGGACCAGCAGGACGGAGACGUGUUGCCGUUCGGAGGCGGAGUUGAUGCUCUCACCACUGAGAAUCUCACUGAGGAUAACAGUGAUAUCACUGACUUUCAAGUGUACGAUAAACACGACAACCUACUCCAUGGACCCAAAGAGAAGGGAAAGCGAAUUGUGAGCAUCCAGUUUAUGCGCAAGUACAUCCAGUUUGCGAAGAGCAUCGCGCCCCAGCUGACCAAAGAGGCCAGAGACCUCAUUUCUGAAGAGUACGUCAAAUUACGAGCAGAAGAUAUCUACAACAAGGACACUCAGACCGCCAGGACUCAACCAGUGACUGUUCGAACCCUGGAAACUUUGAUCCGACUUUCAACUGCGCAUGCCAGAGCGAGGUUGAGUAAAUAUAUCGAAGCACAGGACGCGGAAGCCUCUAUUCAACUGAUCGAGUACGCCUUCUUCAAGAAAGUUCUGACCCGCAAGUCCAAAGCACGUGAAGCAGAUAUGGAUUCGGGCAACGAGAGCGAGGAAGGUGUUCACACCGGGACUACAGCUAGGACCCAGAAGCGAGGCAGAGUCUCGGAUGCUGUAGCCGAUGAACAACCAGCCGAAAAUGUGACUCACACUGACGCCAAAGCAGCUGCCAAGCGAAUCCGCAAGGGAACCAUUGGCGAGACAGCCGAGAAGGAUCCCUAUGACCUUGACGCUGAUGGUGUCACACCUGCCCUACCAGGCGUUCCGAAGAAGACUAAAAAGGCUGGGGCCAAAGAUUCGCAACCCGCAGACAAAACUUCAGAUCCUCUUGCUGUGUUUGACGAAGAAAGAUACUCGAAGUUCAGGAAGGCACUGAACUCUGUGUUUGUUUCAAAAAGAGUCCAGGAAAUUACUAUGGAUGACCUUGAGAAAAACGUGAAUGAAAUUGAAUCUGAGUUGGAGAGGCCUGAAAUGGUUUUGUUCCUGGAGAAAAUGCAAGAUGCCAAUCAAGUGAUGGUUUCUGACAAUACCAUCUAUCUUAUCUAAAAUUUAGCUGAUUUUUUAUGCUCUGUUUUUAAAAACAACGGAUGAUAGUACCUUUUGUUCCAAGGUGUAAUUUUUAGUAUUGUUGUUUGAAAUGGGCGACUUGUGAACCAGUGUUGCUUCAAGAUGUGAAAUUUUGCUUUUUGUCUAUUGUUUUGUAGCCAAUGCUUUCUAAUUUAAUAUGAUAUCUUUUUUAAAAUACUUGAAUUUGUUGAAAUUGGUAUGUCAAGCAAUGAACUAAUUAUCGCAAUUUGACUUGUGCAAUAAGAAUUAACUGUUUUUGAUUGUU